CCUGUCAGACACUCAGAUUACACAUACACGGAACAGAGAUACAGCAGAAAAUGGCAGAAGUAGCUCCAGCUCCGGCUGCCGCGCCGCCCAAAGUAGCCAAGAAGAAGGGAACCACACCGAGGAAGCCCGGUCCCAGCGUCAGCGAGCUCAUCCUGAAAAUUGUGGCCGCGUCUAAGGAGCGAAACGGUGUGUCUGCAGCCGCCCUCAAGAAGGCUCUGGCUGCCGGAGGCUACGAUGUGGAGAAGAACAAGUCCCGCGUCAGGACCGCCAUCAAGGCUCUGGUGGCUAAGGGCUCUCUGGUCCAGACCAAAGGGACCGGGGCCUCCGGCUCCUUCAAGAUGAGCAAGAAGGCUGCCGAACCUAAGAAGGUCAAGAAGCCGGCCAAGAAAGCCGCUCCUAAAGUCAAGAAGCCCGCAGCGGCCACAAAGGCCAAGACAACAGCAGCUAAGAAGCCAGCAGCUCCUAAGAAGUCUCCCAAGAAGGCAAAGAAACCCACAGCGGGCAAGAAAGUAGCCAAGAGCCCCAAGAAGGGAUCCAAAAAGACUAUUGAGAAAGUUACCAAAAAGACCACUGCAGCCAAGAAAGCACCUGUAGCCAAGAAACCUGCAGCUAAGAAAUCUCCUGCAAAGAAAGCUGCCAAGCCAAAAGCAAAGAAAGCAGCAGCCAAGAAGAAGUAAACUGUCAAAAGUUAUUCCAACAAACAACAAAGGCUCUUUUAAGAGCCACCCACACCAUCCUCAAAGAGCAUGUCCUUUCUUCUUUAUAUUGAGUGCAGGUGUAUUGACAUCUUAAAUAUCUGGCGCAAGUGGAAAGAAAAGGGAAACACAGAAUUGUUUAUAACAGGCUAUUAUUUAUUUGUAACUUAAAAUAGGCUAUAACUCACAAUAUAACUCACAAGAGAAGCAGCCAUAGCCGGUGUUUCUCCUGACCAUAGAGCUACCAAGUCAUUAAAGUCGGAUGUAUAUUACAGAUUUUUUUUCUUUAACCAUGUCAUGUAUGAAUGGAUUUUGUUGUAGUUGUAUGAUGCUGUAGAGUUGAAUCACAACUGUCCUCACUUAAACAAAUUUUGUGAUGAAUGUCAUAGUAAAUAAGCACAAGAAUAGGCAUAUAAUAAAAUCAACAGUAAAGAUUAGUGAACGUGAUCACUCAUUUUAUUGAAAACAAAAAGUGAUCAACCAGUCAUAAAAGAAGAAAAAAGCAAUCAUAAUCAGUGGUGUAAUUGUUACUCAUAGCUCCAAACAACAUAACACAGUAAACAUGAUCUUAAUUUAUUGAAAUAAUCGUGAUGAUCCAGUGAUGAAUGUGCCAGGAAGAAAUACGAUUCUCCAAUCUAACCUUAACUCUCAAUAUUAGAGAUUAAACUGUAGUGAAAAAGCAAAAAAUAAUGAGAAAAGUUUCAUGCUCAAUGACAUUUAAGUUAAGGCUGUUGUUUAAGUCUUUUGUUUAUGGUUUUUGAUCUAUAGAUGUGAAUGUCAGGGUAACUAACCACUACGAAAGCUGAGCCGUAGUUUGCAUCAGUGCUAAAGAUUCUUCAGAUAUAUAGUGUUGUAAAGAUGUACAGCAGAUGUCAGCAGGAGACACAUAAUUAUUGAGAUAUUAGGCUAUAAAACAGACUCAAAGUGCAAGUGCAACUCAUUUGGAAAAAAUAUAUAUAAUAUAGUAUGAAAAUAUUCAGUCAAAGCCAAAAUGUCAUGACAUCCAUGUCAAAUUUGGUCCCCACAUCAGAUGUUACAUCUCAUUUAUCAGGAACCAGAUAUCUUUAAUGUCACAAUUGAGAGCUGCUGUUCUUCUGGAUGUUGAUGCUGGUAAAUUCUAACAUAUACAAGAGGAACACAGACUGUGUUCAGUGAUUUAGGUGGGACAUGACUGCAUCUUCUUGAUAUUGUAGGCCUACAGACUAGUUUUCCUUCAAGACAUGUGACCAAAAAUAAAUAA